UUUAAAUUCCCAGCAAGCUUUCACACGCACACGAAGACGCUCUCUCUCUCUCUCUCUCUCUCACUCUCAGAGGCAACGCAUUGAAUCGAAUCCCUUCCUUUCUCCGCACGACGUCGUUCGCAGGCGCAGAGAAGAAUCGAAGAGCGGAGAAGGGAUGCAGCGGCGCAGGUUGAGGCCCACCAUGGCGGCCGUCUUGCCGAUGCUGCUGGUCUUCGCCGUCGCCACCGUCUUCCUCGUAUCGCUGCUCGACGCCAAUGUUGAUGUUUCCGCUUCCCCCUCCUCGCUCUCCACCGCUUCCUUCUACAAGCUCUCCCAGAGAGAUGGGAUAGGGCGCAUAAGACGGCCAUCAGAGCUCAAAUGGAUCCAAGAGGAGGCUUCUCCUCAGCUCUCCAAGUGGAAUGCUUCGGCUGGGGAGAAAAGAGAGGACUACGCGAAGCUAUGGAUUGCUCCAUCAAGUCGCGGUUUUGUGCCUUGUCUUAAGCCAAACUCAGCGUUUUCGCCUCCUGGGGCGUCAAGAGGCUACUUGUCCGUCAGCACGAACGGUGGCUUGAAUCAGAUGAGGGCAGGGAUCGCCGACAUGAUAGCGGUUGCGCGUAUCAUAAAUGCCACUCUUGUGAUUCCAAAGCUCGAUAAGGGCUCAUUUUGGCAUGACUUAAGCAAUUUUUCCGAUGUCUUCGACGAAGAAUACUUCAUACAGUCUUUGGAGAAUGAUGUUAGGAUUGUGAAAAAACUGCCGAAGGAACUGGCUACGGUUACCAAAACUGUGAAAUAUUUCAGAAGUUGGUCUCCACUAGAAUAUUAUCAGGAUGAGAUAUCUAAACUAUGGGAUGAUUAUAAGGUCAUCAAAUCUGCAAAAUCAGAUUCUCGUCUCGCUAACAAUAAUAUGCCUUCAGAAAUUCAGAAGCUUCGUUGUAGAGCUUUCUAUGAAUCUCUUCGAUUUGCUCGUGGCAUCCAGGCACUAGGAAAAUCAUUGGUGGAGAGAAUGAGAUCAUAUGGUCCUUUUAUUGCUUUGCACUUGCGGUACGAGAAGGAUAUGCUUGCUUUUAGUGGUUGCACAUAUGGUCUGAAUAUUUCUGAAGCAGAAGAGCUAACGACAAUCAGGGAAACGACUCCUUACUGGAAGGUGAAAGAUAUUGAUCCUGUUCAACAAAGACUAAAGGGUUAUUGCCCCUUGACGCCAAAGGAGGUUGGGACUUUCCUUUCUUGUCUAGGAUAUCCGUCCAAUACUCCGAUAUAUAUUGCUUCGGGUGAAAUAUAUGGUGGUGAUUCUCACAUGGCUGAUCUCCAAUCUCGUUUCCCCAUCCUAUUGAGCAAGGAAAAACUAGCAUCGGCUGCUGAACUUGAACCAUUCAGACCAUAUGCGGCUCAAAUGGCAGCAUUGGAUUACAUUGUAUCAGUUGAGAGUGAUGUGUUCAUUCCAUCCUAUUCUGGAAACAUGGCAAGGGCAGUUAAUGGUCAUCGGCGAUACUUAGGCCACCGAAGAACCAUCACUCCUGAUAGGAAAACACUUGUUCGUUUGUUUGAUAAAGUCGACCAAGGAUUGCUUCAAGGAGAAAAGUUAUCGAGUAUUAUUCUUGAAAUCCACAAGAAGAGGCAAGGAUCCCCUAGUAAAAGAAAAGGUCCCGUCUCAGGAACAAGGGGAAUGGAGAGGUUUCGAUCGGAGGAAUCAUUCUAUGAGAAUCCUUUACCCGAUUGUUUAUGCCAGCGCUCAGAAUCUAGGUCCAACAACCAGCUGAUCAACAAAAGCAUUUUGAGUAAGUUAUCUAACAGCAGAUAAUGCAAGCAGGUCCAUGGUUGCGGGAACAAAAACAAACAGAGGUGAAGCUACCUGUGUAUAUCUACUUUGAUGAAAGAGCUGAUUAAAUUUUAGGCUUUAGUUAAUACAAUUCCUUCCUGAUAUCUUUAAUUUUUUUUUUGGGGGAUUUUUUUCUUAUUUAAGUGGGUUUCUUAACUACAAAGGGAUCGGGAGAUGUAUAUAUAAGAGAAGACAAUUUCGUAUAUAUGAAUAUGUUAUGAAAGAAGGAUUGUGGCUCUUGUUGAAUGUCAAA